GUGCUCGGCCAUACUAAUAGGCAUACAGGAUAUACAUCCCGGAAGAAUUAGGCCCCUCCCCUAAAGCGGUCGCUUCCACGUGUAGUGUUUACCGUCUGUGAUUUUAAAGUUUAAUUUAGUAUCUACCUAACUGUAGCACAUUUGUAUCUAUAUUUGUUUUAUCAUAAAUAUAAUCAUAAACACUGUGUUUUUAAUGAUGGCGUAGUAAUGUUCGCUUCAUAGGAGAACGUAUCGAAUUUUUAAAUACGUCGCCACUAGGUAUAAUAGUUCGCCUCAAGGCUCAAGCUCGUAGGUAUCUGUUUGAUCGCAAUGAAAGUGUGACAAAGUAGUGAAAUCUUAGUAGAAAUGUAAGAGACUGUGCGGUAUAUAAAACUACUUUAAAUAACAAAGUGGAGGCUUCAUGAAUUUAUAGUUUUGAAGAAUUAAAAUGGAGUCUAUCUUUAUGCGACACUUCAUGAUCUUAUUGCGGGCGACAAAAACGUUUCUGGAUGCGCUGAACGAGACGGGUGCCGUGUGCGUAUCGCGAGCGACUGCGAUCAAAUUUCUACUCGCGCGCAAGUUCGACGUCGCGCGCGCGCACACGCUCUGGCGGCAGCACGAGGCGACGCGCCGGAGAGAGGGACUCAUCAAAUUCGAACCUUUCGAAGACCCCCUCAAAAGCGAACUUGAAACGGGAAAAUUUACUAUAUUGCCCACUCGAGAUGCGACUGGAGCAGCUAUUGCGGUGUUCACCGCGAACAAACACUUUCCUAGCCAAACGACACAUCAGACAACGUUACAGGGAGUGGUGUACCAACUGGACGUGGCGCUGCAGUCGAUUGAGACGCAACGCGCAGGCCUCGUGUUCAUAUACGACAUGACUGACUCCAAGUACACAAACUUUGAUUAUGAACUGUCGCAGAAGAUACUCACCAUGCUUAAGGGUGGUUAUCCGGCGAAAUUAAAAAAGGUGUUAAUAGUGACGGCGCCGCUGUGGUUCAAGGCGCCGUUUCGCAUCCUCCGGUUGUUCGUGCGCGAGAAGCUUCGGGAGCGCGUGCACACGGUGAGCGCGCCGCAGCUGGGCGUGCACGUGCCGCGCGCGAGCCUGCCCAAGCAGCUCGGCGGGCAGCUCGAACCGGAUCACGCAGCUUGGUUAGAGCACUGUAGAAAUUGUUACACGAAUAAUCUUCAAAAUUCAAAAUUGGACGGAGUAAUCGACGACUAUGUGAUCAGUAAUCAUAUACCAACGGUCAAACCGCAAAAUGGUAUAAUAGAUCAGGAGGUGACACGUGACAUGAGCAGCGAGCGUGUGGCGCGGCACAGCGACGCGGCCGACAUCAUGCACAUCAGCGGCGACCUGCCCUUCACGUGCGACCCCACGCCGCUCAGGCAUACGCACGGUUACAAUGGGGACAUAAAAGGAAACCACAUAAACUCCGGGGAUGAAGAUGAUUUAGAUUUAAUAACGCGCGGCACGUGGUCGUCGGGCGAGGCGUCGCCGGGGCUGUCGGACGAGGAGUGCGGCGGCGGGGGCGGGGGCGGCGCGGGCGCGGGCGAGAGCGCGGCGGCGCUGCUGGCGCGCGUGCGGGCGCUCGGCCGCCGCGGGCUCGCCGCCGAGUACGAGGAGAUACGCGCGCGCCCGCCGCACGGCACCUUCCACCAUGCCAAAUUGCCGAGUAAUCUAGUCAAGAACCGCUACACGGACGUGUUAUGCUACGACCAUUCGCGCGUGGUUCUUUCGCAAACCGACCCGGAUGAUCCUACAACAGAUUAUAUAAAUGCCAACUAUGUUGAUGGCUACAAACAGAAAAAUGCCUUCAUAUGCACACAGGGUCCGCUGCCCAAAACGUUCGGCGACUUCUGGCGCAUGGUGUGGGAGCAGGGCAGCCUGGUGGUGGUGAUGACGACGCGCACGGUGGAGCGCGGCCGCGUCAAGUGCGGCCAGUACUGGCCCGCGGCGCUCGGCGCCCGCGCCGUGCACGCCGGCUUCGCGGUCACCACUGAGGACAUUGAGCACGAGGACGACUAUACCAUAUCGCAUCUGUUGCUCACGGAUCUGCGGACGGAGGAGUCGCGCACCAUAUGGCACGGGCAGUACACGCGGUGGCCGGACUACGGCGUGCCGGGCGGCGGCCGCGCGCAGCCCGUGCUGCGCUUCCUGCACCUCGUGCGUCGCGCGCAGCAGCGGGCGCGUAAUGAAUUAGGAGAUGCGUGGGCGGGACACAGUAGAGGACCUCCAAUAGUAGUACAUUGUUCCGCUGGAAUCGGCAGGACAGGCACGUUCCUGACGCUGGACAUGUGCACGUCGCGGCUGGCGGCGGAGGGCGUGGCGGACGUGCGCGGCACGGUGGAGCGCGUGCGGGCGCAGCGCGCGCACUCCAUACAGAUGCCCGACCAGUACGUGUUCUGCCACCUCGCGCUGCUGGAGUACGCGGUAAUGCACGGUUAUUUAGAAUCAGCGGACCUGUCGGGCUUCGACGACGACAACGAGGAGGAGUCCGAAUGAAGACUGUCGCGUCCCGCCUGCGUCGUGCUGUGAGACUACCGAUACUUGUUGCCGAUUCACCGUACAAUACAUUGCCAUACACAUACAAACACUAUUUAUUAGCCGUGCUACACAUUUGGAAUACCAAUACACCAUGCUGGGAAAUAACCCGUUCAAUGUCUACCCGAAAUGUACGUUUUUAACAAAGAAGUCAAUGUCCAGCAUAAAAGCCAUAGGAUUAAGACACGAUUAAAUUCUGCACAAAUUAUGUCAAAAUAUUUAUUUUUUUCUUUUUAGUCACGGUAACGGUUUAACUUUGGUGUAGUGUACAAUUUUACGGUUUUUUUUUUUAUUGUGUGCCGAGCAAAAUGUAGAAUUUAAGUUAUUGUGAACUUCAAUUUCUCCUGGAUUUCAUAUAUGAACAACAGUUACGAAAUUGUUAAGAAGGGGAGAAUAAAGUGUUAAUAGACAUAUUAUAAAAGCUAAAACUUUCAGCCUCUAUUCAUGGCAAAAUGUAAUGAACAAAUUUCUAAUAUAAAGCGUAAUUACUUAUGAAUUGUGAGUAACGUGUAACGAGUUAAGUUUACGGGGAAUUUAUGUUAAUACGGGCAAAAUUAUUUGCUUAUUAGUAAGUAAUAAAGAAAAGUACAUGCAUGAAAUUUUUAUAAAGUUUGCCAAUCGUAUUGUAUGUAACUUUUUGGGGUGAAAUGGAAUGCGGUAUACUAUAUUGUUGAUAUUUUAUAUAAUAUAAAUGUUAUUUAACUCGGACGAACCUACAUUUAAAAUAAUAGAUAUACGUGUAAUAUUGAGCUAUUUCGUAUUUAUUUUUUAUGAGUGAAUAAUUGGCAUGUCAGGUACAUUGAUGGAAUCGAACAGUGAACGGUUUUGGAUGUGGCACGAGAGACCAAAGAUCGGCAGUGAUACGUGAAAGCACAAAAUGGGAUGUGUUCAUUAGACUAGCGCGGUGAGAGUGCGGGAUUACUCGUCGACUUUUAUACUGUAUUACAAUAAGAUUGCAUAUUGUCCAUUUUAGCGCCACUACGAGUCCAACCCACGCAUGUGUUAUAUACAACUCGAGAGAAGGAUCAAACUGCGAAUAAUAUUGGUUAACACAACUGUUUUGAAGUUUUCUAUGUAUUACAUUAGUGAAUAAAACACAGCCAUUUCUAUUAAAAAUUGGAAAAAUAAAAUAGUUUUGUCAAGUCACAAACCUUUGUAUCGAGUUGUAUAUCGAUAGAUAGAAAAUCGUUCCUGUAGUGUGAAUAAGAACUGAGUAGAAUGAUUGUAUACUUUCAUGUUUAUUUGGCAAAAACCCAACCAAAAAUAUAUUAUGCUCUAUUUCAUUUAGAUUUAUUUUAUUUAUUCAUUUAAGAAGUAUGGCUGUGUGAAGAGUUUUGUCGGUAAUUUACGUAUUUUACCAUGACUAUUUAUUGACACUAAUAAUAAUUAAAUUGGAAAUAAAUAAAAUGCGGUGCUGGUGUUUUGAACUUACAUGAUUUACUUUCAUCAUAAUCAAUUUGUCAUGCAUUUCAGUUUGUUUUUUUUUAUAGAAAAUGGUCCCAACGCACUUAAUUAUAAUUAUAAAUAGACUGAGUAUUAUUAAUUUGCUCUAAAAGUAUAGAAAUUUAUGGCUUUUUAAGAGUAGACAUUUUUUUAUAACGAACUAUCAUACAAUCGUGUAACUAAAGUUAUAUAGAUAUUAAAUAUGAAAGAAAUGCUAGUAUUAUACAUAUAAAUAAAUAUAUAGCGGAAAGAGUAAAUUAUUUUUCAAAUGGAAUAUUGGCGACAUAUCUAUUGGCCAUACAUUUAUAUUUUACCGCCGUCCUGUCGAGCAACUUACAUAUCUAAUAAAUUCAAUGGUAUUUAUUUAUUCUCUUACCUUCAUUGCUUUGUUUUUCCUUUUUAGUUUUGCUUAUUUUCUUAUCUUAGUAUGUAUUGUAUAAAAUUAUCCAAU